CUCGUCAUAAGCAAGGGACGCGCGGCCAGAUGAGGUGUCACCGCACCCGGGCACCAGUUAAUUAAUUCGUAAAUCGAUUAAUUAUUAGUUUCUUGUCCCCGUCUACGACUUGGCGGGAAAGUUGUUAUCUGGCGUAUCCGACAGCGAACAUGGCAGAUGUCACUAGUGUGUCCCUGUGUCAGGAAGAGGGAUGGUAUCUUUCAGAAGAGGGGUUUGAAGCCUGCAAGUCUGAAGUCUCCAAGUCUGCAUCAGAUAAAGUCAAUAAAAGUGCCAUUCUCCUUGUUGCCCUCAAUACAGAUCUGAGAAGCAUAGGAAAGAAAUUUCUCCCUGGUGACAUUAAUGGAGGCAAAGUAGAAAAGGUAGAUGGCCCAUGUGUGCUGCAAAUUCAAAAAAUCCGCAAUGUAUCGGCUCCAAAGGAUAAUGAAGAAUCCCAGGCUGCUCCCAGAAUGCUGCGUCUCCAGAUGACUGAUGGCCACACAAGCUGCACAGCUAUAGAAUUUAAAUACAUACCCAAACUUAGCUUGAACACUCCACCUGGCACCAAAAUAAAGCUAUUAGGAACUGUUGAAGUGAAAAAUGGAUGCUUGCUUUUGGAUGACACUAACACUGUCACGCUUGGAGGUGAAGUGGAACACCUUAUAGAGAAGUGGGAGCUGCAGAGGAGUUUGUUGAAGCACAGUAGAAGCAAUAUUGGAACAGAAGGAGGACCACCACCAUUUGUGCCUUUUGGACAGCAACGUGUAACUGUUACUUCAGUAGACAGCAAGGAACUUGAUAGCCGAAAGACUCUGCAAGUUUCAAGCGCAACAAAAACAGCCGCGGAGAAUGAUGAGUUUGAAAAACAAAGGACUGCUGCUAUUGCUGAAGUUGCGAGAAGCAAAGAGACGAAGACAUUCGGAGGAGGUGGUAACGCUGGAAGCAAUCUCAAUGCAGGGGCUGGAGGGAGCCGGAACAGGGAAACUUUCCAAAAAGAAAAGAUAAUCAGAAGUGAAGGGAAGUCUGAAGGAGUGUAUCGUGAGCUGGUUGAUGAAAAGGCUCUAAGACACAUCACAGAAAUGGGCUUCGGUAAGGAUGCGGCCAGACAAGCGCUUAUGGACUAUAGCAACAACUUGGAGGCUGCCUUAAAUUUUCUUCUAACUGGCAGCAAAGCACAGCCUGUGCAGGGACCUCCAAUGAGAGGUAAAGGGAAAGGUCGAGGAAGGACGCGUACAGAAGUGAAUGAUGAAUUGGCUAGUGCUAAACCUUCAGCUCCGAGUACUCUCUUUGACUUUCUAGAGUCCAAGAUGGGAAGUUUCUCAAUUGAAGAUAACAAACCUCAAAGCCAACCCCAGAACCAUGGACAACAAAGAGUUCUCAAUCUAGAGCAGAAUGGAGUGAAGGAUUACAGUCAGUCACGACCAUUUAACCGUAAUGAUUCAAGAGCUCAGAGGAAUGAGAAACCCCCUCGAUUUCAGAAAGAGAUUCAAGCUUCUAGGCAAUACGAGGCUAAUGGACCACCACGAAGUCGAUGUCCUGAGAAACAAAGUAAUUCAAUACCAGAAGAGUGGGUAGAAGAAAGAAAUAGAUGUGAUAGAGGAUUCCAAAGAACUGAUCGCCUGAAAGAUUUUUCACACCCUUCCUCUAGUUACCAAAAUGAUGGUUUUUAUAAAAAAAGAGAUUAUACUAUGCAAGGAAAGCCAGUUAAAGGUGGUAAUCCACCAGAUGUGAAAGAGGGCACCAGCAAUCCACAUAACAAUACAGAGACUAUUCAUCAAAAACGUGGCAAAAGAGAAGACCAAAGACUUAAUUCUGAGUUUUAUAUUGACAGGAGACCACGAACAGGUAACGACAUAUACACCAGUAUACCAAAUGAGAAAAAUAUCAAUGUUGAGUCAUCCAAUUUUAAUACUUCGAUAAAAGAUGGUGCUAAAGACUUACCAAAUGGAGUGACUGAGCAGAAAGGGAGGAGAACUGGACCCAUAAAACCAGCGGGAUCAGGUGCUACUUCAACACAUGAUGACAGAAGCAAGACAUUUUCUUACAACAAUUCUAAAAAGCGGUCUGGUCCUAUAAAACCAGAAAAAAAUGCUGAGCCUGUUUAUCCUGCAUUUAGCUGGAGGCCAGGGGAUGAGUGCCUGGCACUGUACUGGGAAGACAACAAGUUUUAUCGAGCUGAGGUUGAGGCCCUCCAUUCUUCUGGAACAACAGCAGUUGUUAAAUUUAGUGAUUAUGGAAACUAUGAGGAGGUGCUGCUAGACAACAUCCGGCCUAUCCAAGCAGAAGCAUGGGAAGAAGAAGGAGAGUAUGGAGAUUCACUUGAUUUUCGUAGAGGAGGUGAUGGUCAACCAAGGAGGUCUACUAGGCCAACCCAACAAUUUUAUCAACCACCAAGAGCGCGGAACUGACUGUUAUGAUUUGUCUUUCGGAGGUAUGGAGCACUACAGCAGUUUUCAAAGAAGUGGUAUAUUUUUCUAAUGAAUUGGUUUGCACUGUGGUACAAAAAUAUCUAUUAAGAUGGAGACCCCAAUAAAAUAGGAAAUGCUUAAUAUGUAGCUAAACACAUUUAUCAACAUAAAAGUUUAACUAGUUUGAAAUUUGUAAAAAUUUUAUUUUGUUUUCUUUGUCAUCAAUAAAACCGCAGUGCACUAGAAA